UGUAUAUUUGCUUUAAUGAUCUCCGUUAUGAAAGGACGGCGGUCCGAACAGAGUCCUCCUGACCGACACGAGGCUGUUUGUGUUCGCAGUUAUCUCGGGACUGUAAGGUGGAGGUUCAGAGGAUCCUCCACCAGAGGGCGCUGGAUGUCAAGUUGGAUCCAGAGCUGCAGAAACGCUGCAUGACCGACCUCGGGAAGUGGUGCAGCGAGAAGACGGAUGCUGGACAGGUGAGACAGACCGACGCCGCUCCUCCUGAUGAUGCUCCUCAUCAUUUUACCGCCGAGCGUUUGUUCGGUUCUUCGGUUUACGUAAAAAUAAUCCCGAAAAUCUCUCAGGUUGUUUUUUUUUUCAUGUUGAAGUAACUUAGACGAACACUCGUGUGUGUGUGUGUGUGUGUGUGUGUUCAGGAGCUGGAGUGUCUGCAGGAUCAUCUGGAGGACCUGGUCUCCGCCUGCAGGGAAGUCGUGGGCAACCUGACCGAGCUGGAGUCAGAGGUCAGGGGUCAUUCACUCGAAGUUAAAGGACUCCUGGGUGUUGAGGUGUGUUUCCUGACAUGUCUGUGUUUGCUGCCUGUAGGACAUCCAGAUCGACGCUCUGCUGAUCAGAGCCUGCGAACCCGUGACCCAGGCCCACUGUCAUGUGAGUGAACCACCACCAUCCCCGGACCUGCAGAGAAGUUCUCCUGAUGGGACAGGACUCACCGUGUUUCCUCCUCCUCCGUUUGUGUUUCUGCAGGACGUGGCUGAUAAUCAGAUCGACACCGGGGACCUGAUGGAGUGUUUGGUUCAGAAUAAACACCAGAAGGAGAUGAACGAGAAGUGUGCGGUCGGGGUCACUCACUUCCAGCUGGUCAGUCCUGAUCCGGGUUUUGCUCCGUUGUCUUACUUCUGUGAAACAAACACACUGAGGAGAUCUUAGGUUCGGCUCCUGGCUGGCUCGCCACUUACAUGGUUGAUGUUAGUGAUGCACGAUAUGAAAAAUUUCAACCGAUACCGAUAAUUUUCUUCUUCUCAUGGCCGAUACCGAUAACCGAUAACUUCAUAUUUUUACAUUUAUUAUAAUCUUCAUAUAAUCUGCAGUUUGUGCAGGAUGCAGCGAUUGAAAACUGAUGUUUUUGUUGCUCUGGCCUAUCUAGAACAACAAACAAAAGUUUUUGGCUCUUCAAAUGUGGUCAUUUGCUAUAAAUAACAAUAACAGAGCAAAAAGCAGAACUUCAUUUGAUCCCCUGAACUGUUCAACAGAACUGUAAACUGUAAAGGAGCUAUUAUGAGACGUUAGCAUUAGCAUGCUGACCGGACUAACAUCUGAUGUCCAUAUGUCUGUGGUAAAACUCACGUGUAGUCCGUUCUUGUCGAUCAGGUUGUGAAUGUUUGUGGCGACAAUAUCAUAGAGUGCAGGAAGAGACACAUCCGAGAAGAAGCGGCAGCUUGGGAGAGUGUAAUGUGGCUCCAAGUGUGCUAUGAACUUACGAAAACCCGGGUUCUCGACGACGGAAAAAGGCUGGUCGUCGACCGCUAUGAACUCCAUCAAUCAAUCAAUCAAUCAAACUUUAUUUAUAUAGCACCUUUCAUGCUUUUAAGCUGCAACACAAAGUGCUUUACAAAGAGGUAAAAACAAACAACGUUAAAAAAAGAAAAAACAAAACAAACAACAGUAAAUAUAGGGCACUUAAAUAGGCAUAAAACCCGUCCCUUCCCACCCACAGCAGCAUAUACAGGCAUGCACAGCAGCCCACCCCACACACACAUACACGCACACACGUAUCCACACACCCACACAGUAACUGUCAGUAAAAACAUGGCAAGGCACUGAUGAUUCUGGUAAGGAAAGACCACCUAUGGGAGCCGUCCACACCGAGAGGAGCCACAGCCCACCCCCACAGGGAGCACCGCCCCCGAGACCCCCCGACCCAGACAGCCCGGGUGCACCCUGCACAUAGUGCAGAGCCCCCUAACCGUCUGGGCCUGGACGAUCCCAAGGACCGCGCCCCCCGGGGGCGGACCAGACAUACCUCCCAGUGUGGAGGGCCCCCACGAGGAAACUCUGGAGCUAAAAAGACUAGGACAUAGAAGGAAUUAAAAUAAUAUUAAAAUAUCUAAAUGACGUAAAAAUGUGAUAAAAGUAAAGGAUAAAAUAAACUAAAACCAAAUUAGAAUAAUGUUAGAAUAUCUAAGUGACAUAAAAAUGUGAUAAAAGUAAAGGAUAAAAUAAACUAAAACAGUUAAAUCAGCUAAAAGCCAAACUAAAAAGGUGGGUCUUGAGCCUCCUUUUAAAAAAAAAUAAAAAAUCACUUUGUCGUUAAUGGCUUUAGCCUUUUCGCUGUCUCUUGAGAAGCUUUUGCAGUUUUUAAACGCCUGCUGAAUGGGGACAUCGAUCCUCCGUAGUGUUGUUGUCUUAGCUUUAGUACCGCUAGCAGCUUCGGCGGCUGUCUCAUAUUCUUUUACUACCGCUUCGCCGCGAUGGCGACUUUUCAGAUGAGCUAUCAGAUUCGUUGUGUUAAUACUUGACGUCUUCUUUCCUCCUCUAGGAAUCCUCGCUGAACAGGUUUUGCAUAUAGCAAUGCUGUUGUCAUCUUCUGCCACUGAGAGAAACGACCAUGCUGGUGAAGACAUUUUAUUAUCUGUCAGGUAGUGACGGGGUCAGGCUUGGGACCUGCGAGUAAGGCGCGAUAGAUGACGUAACCAGCGCGUCUCGGACGGGCGGCUACUCCGCCUGCAAACGUUACUCGUAAUUUCAUUAAUAUAUCGGAUCUUUCUAUCGGAAAAAUGCACCUAUCGGACCGAUAAAAAAUGACGUAAUUUCCCCCCAAAUCGGCCGAUAUUUUAUCGGUCCGAUAAAUAUCGUGCAUCCCUACUCAAAACCUCUCUUAUUCGCUCCCACACAUUCUCGCUGAAUUCAGACCAAAUCUUCAUGUUUAUGAGCUUCUGUCUGCAGAUUUCAACGUAUCUGCAAUCAGCUGUUUCUAAAUAAGAUACAGCUGCUCGUUUUCAAAACCUUAAAAUAUAAACUGAAUGUCUCGUUUUGUAAAGUUAGUUAAGCUAGCGUGCAGCACGCCACACCGACGGCUGAAACGAAACGAAAAGAGAAAAGAGCGGACGCUUUUGAUGAGGAUAAAAAAAUCUGAAAAUACAGAAAAACUUCUUGAAUGAAGGGUUGAGUUUGAAGUAUUUUUACUGAAUUUUUCUUAUUUCAUGAUCAGAUUUGGGUUUUUGGACUUUGUGCAGCAUCUAAGAGACAUUUUUCUAGACUUGUGAGGGAAAUUAAGUUUAAUGAGACAAAACUCAAAGCAGCGUCUGAUACUCAUCUGACUUCCUUUAUUAUUGAAUCUUUAGCUCAGGUGCAGGUUUAACUCAACUCAACUCAACUUUAUUUGUAGAGCACUUUAAAACAACCACAGCUGCACAAAGUGUUGUACAUAACUGGACAAAACAACAAGAUAAAAAAAACAAUCAAGAAACAAUAAAAACAAUGGAUAAAAUAAAAGCAGAAUUAAAAGUAAAAUAUAGCUUCAAUGUUUUUAAAAACUAAUUUAAAAACAUAGAAACAAAUAACUAAAAACAAACCAUAAAACACUAAAACAGGAGCCGAGUCUCAUGCAGGGUUAAAAGCCAAUGAAUAAGGUUUAAGCCUCAAUUAAGAUCCGGUUUUUAACCUGCACAAUCCAACAGACUCGGUUCUGGUCUGCUCGGUCAGAUCCAGAUCCAGGAGGACCUCCUCUGACGUGUGUUUCUCCUGCUUUCAGAUCCAGAUGAAGGAUUUCAGGUUCUCCUAUAAGUUCAAGAUGGCGUGUAAAGAAGACGUUCUGCGUUUGUGUCCGAACAUCAAGAAAAAGUGAGAAAGCGCACACUGACCUUUUGACCUUUGACCCUCCUGUCUGUUUUUCCCGGAGUCCGAGUUUGUCUGAUUUAACUCCUCGAUCCGCUCCGCCCGUGUCCUUCGCUCCGCAGGGUGGAUGUUGUGAUCUGUCUGAGCACCACGGUGAGGAACGACACGCUGCAGGAGGCCAAGGAGCAGCGGGUGUCGCUGAAGUGUCGUAAACAGCUGAGGGUGGAGGAGCUGGAGAUGGUAACACACACACACACACACACACACACACACACACACACACACACAGACCGUGACACCUUCAUCCAAAUCUUCUCCUUCUCUUCAGUCCGAGGACAUCCGUCUGGAACCAGAACUCUAUGAACCCUGUAAGUCCGACAUCAGCCGCCUGUGUCCAAACGUGGCUUUUGGAAACGCUCAGGUGAGGAUCAGUGGAAAUGGCGAGAAUCAGGCGGACGCAGACGUGUAUCUCACUCCUCCUUUCCUCGCUCCUUCCUCAGGUGAUCGAGUGUCUGAAGGAGCAGAAGAAGCAGCUGAGUCAGCGCUGUCAUCAGAGGAUCUUCAAGCUGCAGGAGGUGGAGAUGACCGACCCGGAGCUGGACUACCAGCUGAUGAGGGUCUGCAAACAGAUGAUAAAGGUGAGAGAGGAGCGCCUGACCACGUCGCACCAGCAGCACUUUGAUGACCUUAUGACCUUUGACCUUUCUCUGCAGCGGUUCUGCACAGAAGCCGACACCAGGAACGUCCUCCAGUGUCUGAAACAGAACAAGAACAGCGAGCUGAUGGACCCCAAGUGUAAACAGAUGAUCACCAAGAGACAGAUCACGCAGAACACGGGUCAGUCACACACUCGCCGACAUCAGCCUCGUCUGAAUCAGCGCCAUGGUCACCUCACUGACCCGCCGCCGUCUCCUCUGUCCUCUCACAGACUACAGGCUGAACCCGGUCCUGAGGAAAGCUUGUCGGGCUGAUAUCCCAAAGUUCUGCCAGUCCAUCCUGAACAAGGCCAGCGAGGACAACGAGCUGGAGGGUCAGGUCAUCGCCUGCCUCAAACUCAAAUACGCCGACCAGGUCAGUCCUGCAGGAGGUCAUCGUGGACUUCUUAAAACCCGCAUGCAGACCGCAGGAGUCCAAAAGUUCUUAGACAGACCAGCACGAACACGACCACGGUCCUGGUUUCUAAAGUCAAAGUUAAAACUGAAUCUCUGCUGAAACUGCUGUGUUUCUCUCUUAAAUCGUGUGUUUUCUGACUGGGGUUUGGUUCAGAGGUUGUCUCCAGACUGUGAAGACCAGAUCAGAGUGAUUCUUCAGGAGUCGGCGCUCGACUACAGACUGGACCCACAGCUGCAGAGACACUGCACAGAUGAGGUCAACACACACACACACACACACACACACACACACACACACACACACACACACACACACAGAAACCAACCCCUCUUAACUCCACCUCCUCUCUCCUCCUGCAGAUCUCCAGGUUGUGUGCGGAGGAGGCAGCAGCUCAGGAGCAGACGGGUCAGGUGGAGGAGUGUCUGAAAGUCAACCUGCUGAAAAUCAAACAGGACGGCUGCAAAAAGGUCAAACUUCACCACCUUUUUUUAAUCGAACCUUCAGAGUCUCAAAAUUAGAGAAAGGCCCGAGACUUCCUAAACGAAUGUCCAAAAUCUCACGUGUCUUUGUCAGAAACUCAUAAAAGUAUAAAAAGUGAAAGUUUGUGGGAAUGCCCCUUUAAAGGUCUCACACACUGAGAUGAUCAGGUGGUUGACUCCGCCUCCUUCGCUCCGUCCUCCUCUCUCCUCUUUCACAGGAGGUCCUGAACAUGCUGAAGGAGAGUAAGGCCGACAUCUUCGUGGACCCGGUCCUCCACACGGCGUGCGCCCUGGACCUCAAACACCACUGUGCCGCCAUCACACCGGGCAGAGGACGGCGUGGGUGCUCUCUCUCUCUCUCACACACACGUUUGUAUUUUAGCGACAUUAGAGGAGGCGUGGUCGUCUUAACUGUCGCUCGCUCUCUCUCUCUCUCGCAGAGAUGUCGUGUCUGAUGGAGGCGCUCCAGGACAAGAGGGUCCGUCUGCAGCCCGAGUGUAAGAAGAGACUCCAGGACCGGAUCGACAUGUGGAGCUACGCCGCGAAGGUGAACCGUCAGCUGAUCCGGCGUCAUCAUCAUCAUCAUCACACUGUGACCUCUCUGUAUCUGUAACCUGUCCCUCCGUCCUGCAGGUGGCGCCAGCGGAGGGCUUCGCAGACCUCGCCGUGCAGGUGAUGACAUCACCCUCCAAAAACUACAUCCUCCUCAUGAUCGCACUGAGCGUGUGCGUCCUCUUCCUGGUUGGGCUGCUGUGCGGCCGGAUCACAAAGCGAGUGACGAGAGAACUGAAGGACCGGUAGAGGGCGGGUCCUCCUUAAAGACAGACUGACUCCUCCCCUUCCUCCUCCUCCUCCUCCUCUUCCUCUCUCAGAUGCCCGGUCUGUAACCAGCCAACCUGCACAGUGCCAACGCCAGCGCCCACAUCUGGAACUCCUCUGUUUAUUGGCUGCUGCUGAAUAAUUGCAUCCCAGAAUUCCUCUGACGCUCCAGCCUGUGUGGGCGCCGUGACUCUCUCUCUGAUUGGAGCUUUUUUUUCCUCCGUCAUCUUCGCCCCUCCCUAAAAAAAAUCUGCUUUUGCUGAUGUCUUUCCUCGGGGUGGGAUGUGAGGACAUCCGCCAUCUUUAGGGAUUCUGAAUUUGCGCUGUAGAUGAUGUGACUGAGGGCCGCCGCCGCCGCCGCCGCUGAGGUCAGGAUUGCUUCCCCCUCGUUGACCCUGAUGCUUUUUGUGAUAUUUAAAGGAGACUGGAGCAUGAAGAGCAGCUUCUCCACACUGACUGUGGCUGCCUGAACCGCACAAGGAGCUAAACGAGUCGAUCAAACCUUUCUGUUGAGUUCUGUGGCGUUCCCGAUCAUUUCGAUAUUUUCUCAUCGUCUUCGCUCGCCAACGGGAUCGACGUCCAAACGGCCAAGUACGGAUCUCUGCGUCUGGAACGGUGACGAAGUUUUCAGAUAUUUCACCGUGUCCUGUGUCGCCCCGUUUUUUCUGUUGCCUUUCAUGAACCGACAUAAAACACACACACACACACACACACACACACACACACACACACACACACACACACACACACACACAUCUGAACACGCUGUAAUAAGUCCAGUUUACUUCUUUUGUGAGUCAUUUUUGAUAAGAAUAUAACAUUUAAAGCUGAACUUCAUCUUAAAAACAGAAGGUUAAUAUUCGAGUUGAUUUAUGAAUGACCUCUGACCUCCUUAUUUAUGCUGAACUCAGCUGUAAAAACAUCGAAACUUGAUCGAAGUUUGUCGGUUUGAUCAUUUUAAAGCUCAUUUACUCUCAGAAAGUCCUCCAUGUUUAUCUGCAGAGGGUUUCAGGUUAACAUGAAAACCGGAGCGUUAAAGACGGACGACGCGCCUCAAAGUGAAGCUGAAAUGAUGUUCUGCACAUUUGGAGCCGUAGUUCUGAUAUCCCAUCCAGAACCAGAACUCCUUUUUAACUGAUAACGCUGUGCUGCGUUUGUUAAAAGCCUUUUCUAUUUAUGGAAACUUUAAAAAAAGAAAUAAUACAACUGUUCCUUAGAUUAGGGCGAGAUCUCACUGUGUUGAUUUUAAAGCUCCUGUGAGGAGUUUUUAUCUGUUUAUAAAACAGACUGAAAUCGACACAGCGCCUCUCUGUGGCCUGUGAAGGACAUGACAGCGCUGUUCGGUGAAUUAUUAGUUUGAGACGAUUCUUUAACUCUUAUUCUGAUGACUGAUUCAAGAUGACUUAUCACACCAAACACGAGCUUCAAGUGUUCAUACCGCAGCCAGCCUCCAGGGGGAGCUCUAAAUCUUUGGCUUCACUUUUGGACGUCUGUAAUGUCAUCCAUGUGUUCACAGAAAUGUUAAUGUUAAGGAGGAAAAUCUUGAGUUCUGAUUCUGCAGAUAAAUGUGGUCGAUUGAUGGAGCAGACGCCAAACUCUCAAGCUGACUGAUAUUUUAUUAAAACACACGACCUUCAUGGUGACAAUAAUUCAACGACUUUAUGAUUUAGUACGGAUGAUUUUGGAAACCCAGACGCAGAGUGACUGAAUAUUUCCACAUGAGGAAUAAACAAAUUGUUGCUUUAAGGCUGAUGAGCUGUAAUUAAAACGGAUGGACACUUUAUUUUUAUUUAUUUUCUUGAUCUAAUUCAUGAAUAUUUAAUUUUGCACUUUAACUCGAUGUACAGGACGUCUGAGCUGCUGGUUUGCCUCGUUCAUCCAUUUGCUGCUUUUGUUUGUUUGAUUUUCACACAGGAGGAUUGUGCAGCAUGUUCACACUUAUAUAACGCUGAAGUUUAAACUCAUUAUUUCUAACAGUGAGAGCGCCACCUUCCUGUUUGAGCAGGAAACAGGAAGUGAGUCUCUACGUGUACAAACUUUUAUCAGCGUGCCGUUUUCUUCUGUUCAGAUGAUAUCAUGUAAUACGAAAACGUAACAGAUUUAUCAUGUCCAGGUUUGAUUUUGCUGUACAGAUCAAAUUUGUCAAUUUAAUAAAACUGUCUGCAGAUUUUCAUAC